CACUGGGCGGACUUGUUGCUUGGGUGGUGGCCGAGGGAUGGCGAAUGUGCGGGUGGCCGUGAGGGUCCGGCCCCUCAGCAAGAGGGAGACCAAAGAAGGAGGAAGAAUUAUUGUGGAAGUUGAUGGCAAAGUGGCAAAAAUCAGAAAUUUAAAGGUGGACAAUCGACCAGAUGGCUUUGGAGACUCCCGGGAGAAGGUUGUGGCAUUUGGCUUUGAUUACUGCUACUGGUCGGUCAACCCAGAGGAUCCUCAGUAUGCAUCUCAGGAUGUGGUUUUCCAGGAUUUGGGGACUGAAGUAUUGUCUGGAGCUGCUAAAGGCUACAACAUCUGCCUUUUUGCCUAUGGGCAGACAGGCUCUGGGAAGACAUACACCAUGCUGGGGACCCCAGCUUCUGUUGGGCUGACGCCACGGAUAUGUGAGGGUCUCUUCAUCAGGGAGAAGGACUAUGCCCCACUGCCUUCCUCUUGUAGGAUAAAAAUAAGUUUCCUGGAAAUCUAUAAUGAACGAGUACGGGAUCUGCUGAAGCAAUCUGAUCAGAAGAAGUCCUACACUCUGCGGGUCAGAGAGCAUCCAGAGAUGGGGCCCUAUGUACAAGGUUUAUCUCAACAUGUAGUUACCAACUAUAAGCAAGUAAUUCAACUCUUGGAGGAGGGAAUAGCAAACAGAAUCACAGCAGCUACUCAUGUUCACGAGGCCAGCAGCAGAUCCCAUGCCAUCUUCACUAUCUACUAUACACAGGCAAUCCUGGAGAACAACCUCCCCUCUGAAAUUGCUAGCAAGAUCAACCUUGUGGACCUAGCAGGCAGUGAAAGAGCAGAUCCCAGUUACUGUAAGGACCGCAUUACUGAAGGAGCCAAUAUCAACAAGUCUCUUGUGACUCUGGGAAUUGUCAUCUCCACCUUAGCCCAGAAUUCUCAAGCAUUCAGCAGCUGUCAGAGCCUCAACAGUGCAGCCAGUGAUGGUGGUGACAGUGGGAUCCCUAGCUCUCUGUCUGGGACCAGCAGUGGAGUGGGGUCCUCCCGGAGGCAGUCUUACAUCCCGUACCGGGACUCCGUGUUGACCUGGCUGCUGAAGGACAGUCUUGGGGGCAACUCCAAAACUAUCAUGGUUGCUACUGUGUCUCCUGCACACACUUGCUACAGUGAGACCAUGAGCACCCUGAGAUAUGCAUCCAAUGCCAAACACAUCAUCAACAAGCCACGGGUAAAUGAGGAUGCAAAUAUAAAACUGAUCAGAGAACUCAGGGAGGAGAUUGGAAGACUCAAAGCCAUGCUGCUGAGCUUUGAACUGAGAAACUAUUGUCCAUUGAAUGAGGAAAAGGAUGAGAAUCUGAAGGAGUUGGUUCUCCAGAAUGAAUUGAAGAUAGACCAGCUGACUAAAGACUGGACCCAGAAGUGGAACGAGUGGAAGGCCCUCAUGGAACAUUACAGAGUGGACAUCAACAGGAGGAGGGCUGGUGUGGUCAUUGACUCCAGCCUGCCCCAUCUAAUGGCCUUGGAAGACGACGUACUCAGCACAGGUGUCGUGCUCUAUCACCUCAAGGAGGGGACAACAAAAAUAGGAAGGAUUGACUCAGACCAGGAACAGGACAUUGUCCUACAGGGGCAAUGGAUUGAGAGAGACCACUGCACUAUCACCAGUGCCUGUGGGGUAGUCAUUCUGCGACCUGCCCGGGGGGCCCGCUGCACAGUCAACGGCCGGGAGGUCACUGCCUCCUGUCGUUUGACCCAAGGAGCAGUCAUAACCCUGGGGAAAGCACAGAAGUUCCGAUUCAACCACCCUGCAGAAGCCGCUGUCCUGCGGCAGAGAAGGCAGGUCGGAGAGGCUGUCGGUGGCAGUGGCUCUUUGGAAUGGUUGGACUUGGAUGGAGAUGUCACUGCCUCCCGGUUGGGUCUCUGCCCUUUGCUUUGGAAGAAAAGGAGAGUGCUGGAAGAGCAGAGUGACGAGGACCACCAGCCACUGAGGGCUGGAGAGGCGCCCCACAGGGCCCAGAUUCAGCAGCAGCACUACGUGGGGGAUUUGAGGCAGCGAAUCCUAACAGGACAGAUUAGAGCCAAGCAGGAUCUGGAGUUGGACCAGGCGCCCAUCAGCCGGCAAAUUAAAGACAAGCACGAGUGGCUCUUCAGAGAAGAAACUUGGCCAGCUGGCUUGCAGCAGCAGCAAGACCACGUGGCAGAGAAAGAACUUGAGGCCUGUGUGCCACCUGGUGCUUGGCUUCAGGCAGAUCCUGAGACUCCACUAUCCCCACUGGUCCGAAGCCAGAAGAGGGAGGUGCGACUCCAACUUGGGCGCCGGAAAGUACUUCAGGCAGCACGGCGGGACAUCCGGCGGCGAAGAAAGGCCUUCUUCCAGCUAGAGAGAAUCAUCAGCAAGCAGAGGCUGCUGGAGGCCCAGAAGGGACUGGAGCGGCCCACGGCAUUGUGCUGGAUCCAGGAUGACUGCACCCAAAAGCCCCCACACCGGGUACCCAGCACUGACGCCAUGGUACCAGGGUCUCAACGUGGAAGCAGACGGACAGGUUGCAGUUCUUUGAGCCUCCGAAGGCUCUGCAGCCUGUACUUUCCUCACCUACACAGUAUUUUCCUGAAUCGGGAUCCCUCCACCGUGUUACCUCCUAUGCCUGAUCCUACUGACCAAAUAUCAGAAAAAAUUCCAUCAGAAGAGUAUUUGCCCCAGGCUGCUUCUUACCCUCCAAGGACAGGAUACCUCAGUAAGAAUGCCCUCUAUUCCUCAGGCAAGGGGCAUCACUGCAUUGCUAAAGGGGCCUUGGCAAGGAAAGGAACCUCAGCGUCAGGCACCGCCCUCACUAUGAGUUCUGAAUCUACCAGCAUCCAGGAAAUGGAAAGAGUGGGUAAGCAGCCCUGUCAGAUGGUGUCCCAGAGCCUAACAUCUAUGGAUCAUUCAGCCUACAAGCUAAAGCCAAGGGAUGAGCCAGAUGCACUCACCCCUUACACCUGUACCAGGAGGGGUAGGGAACCAGCAGACCCUGACCACACACGAGCAGGGUGGCGAAAAGAAGGGAACCUUGGGACCCACAAGACUUCUAAGGGAGCCUGUUGCAUUUCCUCAUGUCCCCGUGGACCCAAACAGGCAUCUGGGCAUGGAAAGGCAGCCAAGACUUUCUGGGUGGAAUCCAAACCACCACCUCCAACUAGGGCAUCCAAAAGGCAGCAGAGGGUUAUGGUCAAAGACAUUGCCAAAAAGUCCUCCCUUUUGCUUCCUGGCAGCCCUUUGAGGGGGCAACACAUUGUGGGAGAUCCUGACUCCACAUCCUCACUCACGGAUUUCAGCCCCAGUGUGGACCACAUAAGAGAGAAAGAUGGUGACUUAUCUGAUGCAGAUAGCAGUUACUCUGUGGAUUCUCUCUCUUGUGUCUACACCAAAGCCCUAAUGAAACCACUAAAGCCAGACGACCCCCAGGAGAAAGAACAGGAUCUCCCAGAGCCAGAGAACUCCGAAAGUGAGGAUGGCCAAAUAUCUGAGGACUCACUGGCUGAGAAGGGGUAUGAGAGCCCACCAGACAGCCCAAGGAGUAGUUACCUUCCCAAUGGCCAUGGCCACCGUAGGGUCAGAGUGAGAGCCUCUGUGAGGGGCUUCACUGCAUCCUCAAGCAGUGGACUAUUCACCCAAACUCAAAGGAGCUUUUCCCUGGAUAGCCUGCUUGAUGCCCAGGAGGAACUGAGGGGAGGUCAGCAAGAAGAGCCUUUCUUCAGUUCGGCUGAUGAGAUGCCCACAGAGACUUUUUGGCACCUACAGACCUCCAGUCUGCCCACAGCGGACCAGGAGGCAAUGUACAACCUUGGUCCCAUCCAUCAUGGAACAGGAGCCAGGCUGAAUGCCAUCCUGCCAGCGAGCAGUUCAUUUUAUCUUGGGCCCCCUCCCCAGCCCCCCUGUGAGCAACCUGAGUCAGAGAUAGAGGCAAGCUCCCCUGAACAGGCAAAUGUACUCCAAGGCCUGCAGCUUUCAAGAGGGAGCCCUCUGUUGUCCAUGGAUUCCUGGUUUUCCUGUGACUCUAAGAUCAAUUCCAGCAGUCCCUCAGGAAUAGUGGGUUCUUUAUGUCCAAGUCCUGAGGUCCAGGAAUCUCAGCCCUGUGGAUGGGAGAAGCCUGGACACUGGCAAAAUAUGGAAGAACUAAAGCCAUCAGGGGCAGAAACACUCCUGCCCUACAGCUCCAAACUGCCCCGAGGUGGUGCUGAGCUGCCUGGCCAUGUAAGCAGCGUGCACGCAAUCCCUGCUUCUGAUACUUCUAGGCUAUCACUCUGGGGGUCUUACAGGCUUCUUCAGCCACGAGUUGCUGGCAUCUUUCGGACCAAAGGUAUCUCUGACACAGCCCAGGAGGCCAACCCUGAAGUAUCCAACAAGUCCAGUGUGCCAAGCGUUUUGGCUGCCUCUGUGGCCUCAUUCACUCAUGUAGGCAGCGCCCAGGAGAGGGACUGGGCUGCCCUUCAGCAAAAGUACCUCCUUGAACUGUCCCAUCCUGUGUUGGAGGCUGUUAGAGAACCCAGGCCAGCUUUCUCCUCCCUGGAAGAAGACUCUGCCUCCUUGACCCAAGCUUCUGGCAAAGAAACAGAUACUCUAUUGCCAGUUGGUUCUGGGGUAUCAAGUAGUCUGGAUUUCAACAACCUUCCUAUCCAUUUAUCCAAAAUUAGAUGUUUGAGAGCAGAGAAAGAACAGGACAGUUUGAGUGCUGAGUUAAAAGGGACUUCAGAUUUCUUUAUAACUAGAGAGAAAGAGGUGAGUCAUAGUGGAACUUACUCAGCUGAUAUAGAAUCAUUGACUUCUGGAACUACAAAUGCACCAGUCUUUGCAGCAAACAAGAUAGCAAACUCUAUGACUGAAGCAUGUGAAGCCAAGCAGAACAGCUUGGAAAAGUCUUCUCACAGUAAUGGGAAACCUCAACUGAUCACUUCCUCUGAUGAAUACUUUUUCCAGAGGAGCCUUUGUCAUGGUCAUGUCUCCAUAGCCACUAAAAACCACUCGCCCCAGGGCUGGGGUUCUCUUAGGGAGAAGAGUGCAGGCCAGGAGGGGCAGUUCAGUCCCUGUGGCUACCCAUGCCUUCAGGAAGAGAAGGUAGACUAUCAGGAGAGCUCCAGGGAAGUGGUUGGAAGACACCCAAGCGUUUCAUUUGCGUCAGGUCCAAAGCGGUACCCUCACUCUGCCACCAGGAAUCCAUUCCUGUCUUGCUUAAAGCCACCUCCCUUGGAGACAUUCUAUGUGACCAAAAGCCGGGAUGCCCUGACAGAAACUGCCUUAGAGAUCCCGGCUUGCAGAGAAUCAAGAGUGCCUUCCCCACCCCCAAGAGAAGCCUGGGGCUUUGGUCAUGACCAUCAGGUUCUCCAAAAUAUUUAUUUGAAGAAUAAUUGGCCAGUGCUAUUACAAAACCAGAAUUCCAAGAUUGUCUCAUCUCAGCAGGUCACAACAGGGAGGCCAUUUGAUCUGAACACCAAGGAAGUUAGCAGAGAAAGAGGGCAGGGCUCUGGAAAUAUUGAAGAAGAAAGCCAUAAUUCAGUUUAUUUUUUUGUUGCUCAGAACAGACAUUUUCUUUCAUCUACUAGCACAGAAGUAUGUGAAUUUGAAAAUCAAGUUGGAAUUUUAAAUGAACACAGUCUUUCAGAGCGCAAGGAGGGAGAAAAGGCCACUGUACAGUCCUACUGCAAUGUUUGCUCAAGUCGUUCUAGGUCUAGGAAGCCUCUCCUUAUUUGUGAGUCUGAGGCAGAUGAGGAAGAAGAGCAGGAUCACGAUGUAGUCCUAAGGCAGACUCAGGCCUUUGAUAUGAACAGACAGUUUCCUUCUGGGGCCAGGUCUGAUUUCAUCUAUGAAACCAUCAAUUUAGCCCUUGACAAGGACAUGCUGGGGGAAACUGCUAUUUCUUUGCAGUCCAGAUCAGUACAUCAUAGAGUAAGUAGCCCAAACAUGAUGGCCCCGGAUGAGAGUCUAGCUCACAAGGCUGAGAGGAAGAAUGAAUCUGGGCUUCUUGGGAAAGCUCUCUAUUCCAAAGGCCACUCAAAAGAGUUUAAGCUUCCACAGACAGAGUCUACAUAUGAAAGAUUCCAGUCAGUUACAUGCUCUCAGGAAAAAAACCUGAGUGAAUGUAAGGGCCCUGGAAGGUCACAAAUAAUGUUAAGCCCUAAAGAAGAACCUUCUGGAAAGAAACAAAAUAAAAGAGUCAACAAUGCUGAUGAAAUGGCCAGGCUGAUUAGGAGUGUAAUGCAGCUGGAAAGUGGCAUCUUGGAAAUUGAAUCCAAGCAAAAUAACCAGCCAAAUGCUUCUCACUCACCGGGAGUCAAAAAAGAGUUUGUGUUCCAGGACCAGAGGGACCAGGAGAUGGCUGACUAUGUCCUGAGGCCAGGCAGCUUUGGAAACCACAUGUUUUUGAAGGAUCAACCAUCUCCAAAGCAGAGAGAUGAUGUUACCUUUAGGGAUAACAAAGCUGGAGAAAUGGAGGUUAACAGUAGCAUUGGGAAAGGUCCCUGGGUCGAGAAAACCACCUUGUACCCCUUCGAGUCAAGGGAAUGUGUAGAAGACAAUUUUGCGAAAGAGUACACUCUCUUAACUGUAUUAGACACACCCUCCCCGGACACAUGUGGUGAUGUAGGGACAUGUACAGCUGGUAGAGUGUUCGCAGACAUUUGUGCUGAUCCAAGAACCAAGGCAUUGGCUGGUGCUCUGCCAUUGCAGCUGAGCCCCAAGAUGUCUUCUAAGAAGGAGGCCAAAGCAGGGAAUGCAUCUGCAAGCUCCAGAGGACAGCCCUGUGGUUUGGGAAGUCUUGAGGAACUGGAAGCUGUGGAAAGUUUUGGGGAAAGCCAAGUUGCCAAAUGUAUAAGUAGUUGUAAGCAAGAGGAACCCAAAGUUCAAGGCAGAGUUGAGGAGAUGGCUGUGCGAAGUGGAGGGAGCCUACAGGAGGAAAACACAGUGAUCUUGUCAACUCAGAAACUUCGUAGCCCAAGCCGGCAUUGUAUGGGUACAUCUUCCAGCCAGGAGAUUGGCCCAUUGCUGAGUCGGCGAGACUCCUCUGCAGUUCCUCAUGGAGACCUGAGCAGUACCUUGUCCUUGAAUUGUCCAAGGCUGCCAAGAGACUGUCUUCAUGCACGUGAUACUGUAGGCAUCUCUUCAGUUGACUAUGUGCUGGAUCCCACAAUGUUGAAAAUGCCUGACAGUGCCUUGGUAACUGGAGCAGGGUGUCAGAAUCUGAGUGGAGAGCCCCAAAGCCACAGUCCUCAGGGAGAUGUUAGAGGGGGCUCCUCCCUGGCACACUCUGCUUGGUGUGGGUCUGUGACAUCCACAGCCAUGGGAUCUCAUGGUCAAUCCCAUGUAUCAGAGAGCAUUCCCCUGGCGGCAGAGGGCCACAGAUCAGCAAUUACCCAAGACCAAGGAGAGGACCUCAGAAGCAUCUCAAUGGGCUUGAGUCCCAGAGAGGGUUUUGUUUCUGAAGCUGAGGCAGCUGCACAAAGAGGAACAGAAAGAACCAGUUCCCUGAAUAGGGUCUCUAGCCCACUUGAACAGAAGGCCCACUGCAUCUUAGAAGAGGGUAACAGGCAAGGCCAGCACGUGAGGCAGAAGGCAGAGAAGGAGGCUGAAGACCUCAGUUCUCCUAGCAGCCCUUUCUCAGCACCUGUGUCCCUGAGGGACACCCUGAGGGUGCCUCACCCACAGCACUGUGCUCAUACUUCCACGGGCCUUGCUAUGUUGGAGAUCAGACAAGCAAAGGCCCAGGGAAAGCAGCUUCAUGACUUUGGGGCUAAGGACAAAAUUCUUUCUUACUAUGAGACUUCAUUAGGACCUGAAUGUUCUUCAGGGACCCCAGCUGGGUCUCAAUGUCCGCAAAGGGACCAGUUAGUGUCAGACAAGACCGGGAAUGAGGCUGAAGCACAAGGAUUGCAUGUGGCAUCUCUCUCUGCUACAUCAGGACAUCUGUUGACUAAUGAGAGGGAAGUUCCUCAGGUCACACCCCUCCCUGCAGACAGCUUUCAACAUCCACCCAACACGGAGACUAAAACAGGGCCAUGGCGUCCCUCACAGACUUCUUCCCAUGCAGCCCCAACUCUAGGCAAAAGCCAUUGUGCUGGAGAACUGAGACAUUUUCUGGGAACUGGUGAACAGUUUCUGUGUCACUCUUGUUCUGAAAUCACAGAGAAAAAGAAGAAAGCACCCCGAACACCUUCCUCUUCUGAUCCUGUGGGCUCAGGCAGCUUUCCGUCAACAGUUGUGGAGGACAGGAGGGAAAUAUCAGAGGAAGUAGUGGCUCCCUUUUCUUGGGCCCCUAAUGACGACCCUGGCAUGAUUCCACAUGGGGGAAACCAGUUAGCUCUGUGGGAGACUGCAGGGGCCAUGCACCCUGGUGGUCAGGAGUGCAGCCCAGUGCAUCAAGAUCCUAGAAUUCUAGAUACCACUUGUGGAGGAGGUUCAGGUAAUUUUUUAGUGGCUGCACAGGGAGGAAAAACAACCUAUUCUGAAAGUCAGCUUGUGACCUGUGAUGUUCAGAAUUCUGUCAGCCUGUCAGUGCAUACCCAGGACCACUCCCAAUGCCUUGAGGCUUCCACUGGCUUAGAAGAAGGGGGGUCAAAUCCCAGACAGGCUACCAUCCUGCCUAGAGCCCUGAGGAGUGUUGCACCAGAAGCUGCCUCACAGCAGUGUGUGAAGUGGAAGGAGAAUGUUGGCUGUGGGCUGGCAGAAGCCCACAGUGCUGGCAGCGAGCAUCCCAGACUGACUCCAUUGCCAGAUCAAAGACCUAGUUUGGGUCCUGGGGGAGUUCAGGAGCAGGCCCAGUGCAGGUGCCCACAGCCAACUUCCUUUUGUGUUGUCUUCUUAGGGAACAUUGAAAGCAGCAGGACUCUUAGUGCAUCUGGGGGACAGGAAGACAGCAGAACAACUCCUUGCAAUCCUCAACCUGUCACUUCUCUUGCCCGUUUCUCACUACCCUCCACUUUACCGUGUCAUAGGGAUGGUGACCUGGGAAAGGAGAGUUCCAAGGCUGCCCCACAAACUCUCCAGCCACCCUGCAUAGUGCCUUCCAGAGCCUGUGGAAUGGAUGAGAGAGGAGAGAGCUAUGCCGGGGAACUUGAAGUGCUCUUGGCACCAGGUCUUGAGCCCAAAGGCAUUCAUAGAGAAAUUGGGCCAACAGACAGCAGCACUCUGGAGCCUUCUACUUCUGCUGCUGUCCUAUCUAUGGCUCAAAGGGACAGCUCCCCUUCUGUAUCUCAUGUUGGGGCAAAUUCACUGAGCCACUCAGUGGCUGAUGGAAGCUCAAGGUUGGUAGAGUAUCCUGAGAAAAAGGAUGCCAAGAAGAAAGCCAGCACAGAGCUUGAGGCUGCCUUUUCCUCUGCAGCAACAUGGUCUGAGCCACUGAGGAUGUUUCUGGACAGCUCUGGAGGUGACCACAGUAAACAAGAGUCUCAAACCAAACCAGAACCACCUUUAACAACUGAGAGACCACACACCCUGGAUUUAAGUGAAGGGUCUGUUGAGAGUGAGCUUCUGGGGGAACCACAGCAUGGAUAUUUAGGAAAUGCAAUCCAAUGCCUUCCAGAAAAGCCACAACUUUCCACUAAGUCCAGAGAUCACAGUGGCUUGGAUCCCCAAGCCACGUUUGUAGCAAAGUUAAAACACAUCUGCAGGCAGCAAGCUGAUGGGCCCUGGGAGGAGGAAGAGCAGCAGAGAGAUCAGGCUUCAGGUCGUGGUAAAGAGCCUGCCCAGGGCAGGAAUUCUCAGCCUUCUCAUGAAGUUGGCUUAGACAGCUGUCAGAUUAGAGAUGCAGGCAGAGAGGAGGCAUGUGUAGCCAAGGCCUCUGUGUCUAAGCUCUCAUCGGGCUUCAAAGACUCAACUAGCAUGCCUUUGGAGCAAAGUGAAGCCCCACAACCCACACCCCCGAGCCCUGGCCUGCCUGCCUCUGGCACAGAGCAGCCGGCUCCCCCCAGCAGGGGCUCACUUCCUGUGAUUGCAGUCGUCUCUGGCCCCAAACACUCUAGGUCCUCCUGCAGACCACAGUUCUCUGUGGUCAGCUCUUCCCGGUCUCUUCUGGAGCUGAAUAUGAGUGUGGAGCCUCCUUCCCCCACAGAUGAAUAUACACAGGAGCCUAACAGAUUGUGGUUUCCACAUACCAGGGACUACUUCUCAGGUAAUUCAGCAGUGAGAACAUCUCUGAAAGCUGAGGGCUGCGGUCAGAGAGCCCCAUCUAACUUGGACAAUAGCACUGCUGACCACGGGCCCCCAAAACCUGCCACCCCUCCUUAUCCAAGGUCAUCAGCUCUCUCUUGCAUGCCAACUCCUGAUUUCAUGACCAGUUGGACAUCUAGUACCCUGGAAGAGACCUGGCAGGAAAGUCCAGAGAGACUGGGUAGCCAGGCCAGGCCAGAAAAGUGGCACUCCAAGGCAGACAAAGGAAUGUUACACUUUGACUCCAGUGACAUCCAUCCCUACAUCCUAUCCUAUCCAGAGGGGCCUGUGCAGAUCGGCUGGAAGCAGUAUGUGUUUGGCAAUGCGGUGGAUGUCUCCUCUGGCCAGACACCCCAGAGCCUGAUACCAUCAAACAUGGCCCAUUGUUCAAGCAUGGACAAUGGCCUAGAACACCAGAACUCUCCACUCUCCUCCCACCUCAGCACCUCUGCCAAUGCCCGGGACCUGUCGAGCCCACACAGUGUGGGAAAUGCCCAGGGUUCACUUGAGGCCUGGGAAGUAUGGGGCCCCUCAUUUGCUUUGGAGAACCUCCACAUCCUGAAGAGCCCUGAGGGAGCAACCGCCAGUAAGGGUCCUGACAAGAGAGCGCAGUUCCUGGGAACCCCUGAUGAAGCAGGCUGGCUGAGGAGGGAUCCUCUCUUGGCUGAAGGGAGUGCUGCAGGUCCAGUAGAUGAGAUUACACUGCUGUGUCCAUCAGAGGCAGGUGGUCCUGUGGGACCGUCCAGGAUGGGCACCUUGGAGCAGGGCACACAGACCAUGGGGUGCAGUCUCCGCUGGAGCUCCACCGAACUCUCUGCUCAGCCAGAAGCCAAUGCAGUGCCAGGCUCUGGUCUGGUCUCCUGGACCAGCAUGCAUAAUCUGUCUCUCCACCUCUCACAACUGCUGCACAGCACCUCAGAGCUGUUGGAAAGUCUUUCCCAGCCAGGUGUGGCCGAAAAGGAACAGAACAUCAAGAGGGAGACCCCAGAUGAGGUGACGCAGGCCCUUAUGAUAGACGGCUGUACUCAGACCACCAUGGACAAGGGUAUCCAAACUGACCUGGCCUUACCACCUCUGCACCUUCAGGCCCCAGAGGCCAACCCUCAGGAGGUCAACGUGGUCUUCGAAGUGCUGGGCUCAGAUAUUCCCACCAUGUCUCAAGAGCAGGGCUAUGUCACGGGGAUACUUCAGAAGACAAAGGCAGAGGAAACGACAUGGAAAAUGGCAGCGCCUUCAGAACUUCAGGAAGAAAGCACUCACUGCAGGCCCCAGAGCCUUCCGGCACCCCCAUUAUCCCACUUGAGGUUUCAGAAAGCUCACUUUGGGCAGAACCUCCCUUCUGUGAGCCCUCAGGCUUCUCCUGAUGACUCCCUACCUCCCAAUUUCCAGCCAGAGGAUCCCUCCUGUCUGGCUAUUGGUAGCCUGAGCCUCAGUGGCUCCCAAUCCCCAGAGCCCUGUCCCAGUGCUGUGGAGUCUGUCAGGGAUCCUAAGGUCGAGAAGGAGCUGGGCACCAUGGGAAUGUUGUUGGUGGACAGGGCCUCCUCCCCAAUCCUCACGCUUAGUGCCAGCACCCAGGGGUUAGGGCUCCCCGCAGACUCUUUGUCACUCACAGCCCCCUCAGCAUGUCCUUUUGAAGGCCACCAGGGGCUUGUCUCCAGCCCAGACCUCCUUGACACCUCCAGGCCUCUAGUGGAUAAUCAUUCUCAAAGCACUGAUGGGGCAGGUGGCUCCCAGCAAGUGGGGGUUCCAUGUGGGGAAGGCAAGAGUCCCUUAGAAAGGAGCAAUUGCAGGUCAUUCCUUGAGAUGAGCCCCCCAGGCAGCCCACCGCAGAGCCCAAAACUCCCAGUCUGUUUCUUAGGGCAACUGCCUCAGCAGCUUCAGCCCAGGACCACCACCUUGGUUCAAAGAGAACUGCCAACACCCUCACUGAGGAGCACAAGUCAGAGGCUGGCUGAUGGCUUUGUGCCAGAGGACCCGGCUUCCUUAGAGGACAGCCUAGUGAGCAGUAGGGGGCCAAGUCAAUGGGAGAGCAAGACAGAAAAUGGGGGUGAGGGUCCAGCAUUACCAUUGGAGCCACAGUCCAGUCUGGACUUUCCAUCUUCAAGGGGAGGCCUCCAGCCCCUCAGCCCCUGCCCUGUCUCCGAGUUUACUGAUACAGCAGGGCUCCAGGCUUCCACUUUGGGCCCAACUGAGGCCUGCCAGUCUGAGGUGCUGCUGUGCCCCACUUCCCAGGUGUGCAGGGCCCCUGACCCCCAGCAUCAUGGCCCAAAGGACUUCCCAGUGCAUAACAAAUUUCCUCGGUGUGGGGUUCAGAAUGGCUCUCCUGAGGAUCUAGGUGUAAUGGAGUCACUAGAGACCAGAUGUGAUCUGAGCUCUGGAGAGCAGGGACAGAAGCCCCUACAACCUCCUGAUGACCAGAGCCGGGAUCCUCAGUCGUCCCAGAGGGAUCAGAUCCCCCUGCAAUCUGGGGCCCAGAACCUCUCACUCAGCAUGGAACUCACAGAAGCAAAACUGCACCGCGGCUUUGGGGAGGCAGAUGCCCUGCUGCAAGUGCUGCAGAGUGGGACAGGGGAGGCGCUCACUGCUGAAGAGCCUGUGCGGUCCACCUGGGAGGAGCUCUAUGCCCGGCAAAAACAAACAAUUGAGACCCUCCGGAGAGAAAGGGCUGAACGACUUCAGAACUUCCACUGGACACGGAGCCUCCAGCCCAACAGGGAUCUCCCCACCCGGGACCCUGACCUACCCAGCAGGCGCCGAGAAUACCUGCAGCAACUGAGGAAGGAUGUUGUGGAGACCACCAGGAGCCCAGGGUCGGCAUCACGGUCUGCUCACCCCGCCUCUGACAUAGCACUGAUGCUGCAAGAAUACCAGCGUGCUCGAGAGGAGGCCAAGGUGGAGAUUGCCCGGGCCCGGGCCCGGCUACGGGAGCGGACUGAGCAGGAGAAGCUGAGAAUCCGCCAGCAGAUCAUCUCCCAGCUGCUGAGGGAAGAAGAAAAGCUGCAUACCCUGGCCACGUCCAACUCCCUGUGUACCAGCUCCAAUGGAAGCCUCUCCUCUGGUGUUACUUCUGGCUACAAUAGCAGCACAGCCUUGCCAGACCAGCUCCAGUCCCCAGACAGUGUGGGGGACAUAAACUUGCCUGAUUCCAGUGACUCCUGGAUAGGGGAUGUUCGGGGCAGUUCCACAGUGAGGAACAGUCACCUGAGUCUGGCUGGGUCCACCUGGAAGAGCUUAGCUUACAGCCACAGAACCUCCCUGGGAAGCUGCUGCUGUUCUCCAUCCAGCCUCUCCAGCCUGGGGACCUGCUUCUCCUCCUCCUAUCAGGACUUGGCCAAGCACAUCAUAGACCUCUCUGUUGCUGAUGUGAUGGCUGCUUGCUCAGAUAAUCUGCACAACCUUUUCAGCGGCCAGGCAGCAGCUGGCUGGAACUAUCAGGGUGAGGAGCAGGAGGUCCAGCUUUACUACAAGAUGUUUUCUUCUACUCGGCAUGGCUUCCUGGGGGCAAGCGUGGUGUCCCAGCCACUGUCUCAUGUGUGGGCAGCUGUGAGUGAUCCGACCCUGUGGCCGCUUUACCACAAGCCCAUCCAGACAGCAAGGCUGCAUCAGCGUGUGACCAACAGCAUCAACCUGGUAUACUUGGUGUGCAAUACCACCCUGUGUGGCCUGAAGCAGCCGCGGGAUUUCUGCUGCGUCUGCGUGGAAGCCAAAGAGGUGCCUGUCUUGCUGAUGGGGCACCUGUCUGUCAUGGCAGCUCAGUCUGUUUAUGACACAUCCAUGCCGAGACCCAGGAGGGAGAUGGUCCGAGGGGAGAUCCUGCCUAGUGCCUGGGUUCUACAGCCUGUCACUGUGGAAGGAAAGGAGAUCACCAGAGUCAUCUACUUGGCCCAGGUAGAACUUGGCGCACCAGGCUUUCCCCAUCAGCUCCUGAGCUCCUUCAUCAAACAGCAGCCGCUGGUGAUAGCCAGACUGGCUUCCUUCCUUGGUAGUUAGCAUCUUACCGUCAAGAUGGUGCUGCAGAGCCGCAGGCCCAGGAUGCGCCAGUGACGCUAGGGUGGCUCUCAUCACUCUGUCCUGGGAUGCAAGGAGAGGCAAGGCUACCAGCUGUGGCUGACCAAGCAGAUAGCACUCAGACUGAGUGGCCAGCAAAGCCCCAACAGUACUUGGGUCACAGCUGGGGCUUCUGCAGAGCGAGGGGACCUGAGCUCUUGGCCCUGGCUGGCCAGAGUGAAUGAAGCUCAACUCACUGUUUUGGACUCCUUACCUUUCUUUCCUGCCCCUGGGACCCAGUGGCAGACAAGUUGCUUGAAGACCAGGAUUGGAUGCAGCCAGCAGAACUGGGGAAGGGCAGGUCUCUGGCACCAUGCUUCCUGGCUCUGGCCCAGCCCUCGGGCGGGGGGGGGAAGCAAGCAGCCAUUGGCCAGGACUGCUCGGAAUCUGCCUCCAGUGUUCAACUCCACUGCGGGAUGGAGUGUUAGAAAAUAGCAAACCAGAAAAAGGGUUUUAAAAAACAGCUGCACAAACCACAACAGUGUUUCAGAAUUGUUUCUCCUUUGGUUUUUUACAAAAUGCCUUAUUAAUUUUUGUUUUUUCCCCCCUUUCCUUUCCCUCACAGGAGAGGACAUUUGGGUCUUUGCCUCAUUCAAAGUAUUGAGCAAUGCUCAGUCUUGGAGCCAUCACUCCAGAGCUCAGAAUGGGCUGUAGAAGCAGGUUGGACAGAUUUGGGGUCAUGAAGGGGAAUCUAGGUCUUUGAGGAGGGGUAGGGAUGAGCAGCUAGUUGUUGGCUGCUGUCCACACAAGAGGAAUUUUAAAAAGCUUUUUGAAGACUAGAGAGAAGAUACUAGAACUCCUAGAGGAAGUACAUGACUUGUUAGGAGGAAUCUCAGUUCCAUUCCUCACCUCCCUCAGGGUCUUGGUGCCAGCCUUCAGUGGUCUCUUGGGCAUCCUGCUGCUGGGGUAGGAUGGGCUUGGCUUUCUUGUACCUCAGCCUGGCUGAACUUGAGCUUUGAGUUUGCCAUAUGGUGAUGUGGAAGUGGUUGGGGUGGGAGAGAGUCCCACCUUCCAUUCUGGUGCCCAGAGUCUUUGGUGGAAGAGGGCAACCAUAUGGGGUUGGAAAAGAUGUGGUGAAAAGGUUCCUGUAUGGUACAGUGCAGAGAUUUCUUUAGAAGUGUUAGCAGGAUUUUCUUUUUCUUUUACCUCAGAUUGUUACUUAUGUAAAACUGAAGGCUUUUUAAAUUGCCUUUAAGUGUAUUUUUCUGGUUCAUUUUUUUUUGUAUAUUUAACACCCUAUUUAUGUACUCCCAUCUCUGUUCAUAUAAAUCUUUAAAGAUGAG